CAAGUUGGCACCAUAGAGAGACGGUCUCUACCCAACAGCGGGCUCACAGUCUGGAAGAUCAGGCUUCUCCGGAUCCCUCCGGAGAAUGGACGCCUUCUCCAACCCGGGGAGCUUCAUCCACACCCACUCGGUGACUCUGUGGCGGAACCGAUUUUACAUCUACUCCUGCGUGGCCUUGGGCCUCAGCCUCUGGUUCUUCUUCCAACUUGUCAGCAGAAAGCGGGAUGCCCAGUCUCGGAGAAAAGCAGCCCCUGCACAGGGAGCCAAGGCCACGCUAGCUGAUGGUCUUGCGCCCCUCCGAAGCCUAGACGAUCGUGUUACUGCGGUGAAGGUUUUCUACGGUUCCCAGACUGGCACAGCAAAGGGAUUUGCCACGAUCCUCGCCAGUGCCGUGGCCACCCUGCCCUCCCCGGUGGACGUGGUUGAUCUCCGAGACUACGAUCCCGAGGAUCAGCUGGUGGGCGAGGCAGCCAACGGGAGCGUGUGCGUGUUCCUGCUGGCUACCUACGCCGACGGGCAGCCGCCCGAGAGCACCACCUGGUUCUGCAAGUGGCUGGAGGAGGCGGCGCACGACUUCAGGGUCGGCCGGACCUACCUGAAGGACCUGAGCUAUGCCGUGUUUGGACUGGGAAACUCCCUGUACGCCCGGGACUUCAACACGGUCAGUCGGAGGGUGGACAAGUGGCUGUGGAUGCUGGGCGCCCGGCGCCUCCUGCCUCGCGGAGAGGGGGAUGGCAACGUGGCGCAGAGCGUGCACGGCAGCCUGGAGGCUGACUUCGAUGCCUGGAGGGCCAGGUUCCUGGCCCGCUUGCGGACCCUGCACCAGGGAGAUCCCACGUCCUGCAACGGCAAAUGCACAGAGGCCCAGUGCACGUCGCAGAGGAAAGUGGGCUUGGACAGCGGGCCCCCCUUGGAUGCUCAGGAUGGGGAGGAGCCAGCCGGGAGCACCAGCGAGGAUGAGGAAUCGGGGACGGAGGAGGCCCCGGGCCCCAGCGCGGUGGUGGACGUCGAGGACCUGGGCAGCCUCGUGGGUGCCGUGAAGACAGCCAAGGGAGAACGGGAGCAGGGUGAAGGCGGCGAGCCCCGAGCGAUGAUCACGCCGGCCCUCCGAGAUGCCCUGACGAAGCAAGGUUACCGGCUGCUCGGAAGUCACUCCGGGGUGAAGCUGUGCCGCUGGACCAAGGCCAUGCUCCGGGGGCGAGGGGGCUGCUACAAGCACACUUUCUACGGGAUCGAAAGCCACCGUUGCAUGGAGACCACCCCCAGCCUGGCCUGUGCCAACAAAUGUGUCUUCUGCUGGAGGCAUCACACCAACCCAGUGGGUACCAAAUGGCGGUGGAGAAUGGACCAGCCCGAGAUGAUCUUGCAGGAGGCCAUCGAAAACCAUCAGAGCAUGAUCAGGCAGUUUAAAGGCGUGCCGGGCGUGCGGGUGGAUCGCUUUGCCGAAGGGUUGGCGGUGAAGCACUGUGCCCUGUCGCUGGUGGGAGAGCCCAUCAUGUACCCGGAGAUCAACCGCUUCCUGCAGCUCCUCCACCAGCGUGGAAUCUCCAGCUUCCUGGUCACCAACGCCCAGUUUCCGACGGAGAUCCGGACCUUGGGGCCAGUGACGCAGUUGUACGUCAGCGUGGACGCCAGUACCAAGGCGGCCCUGAAGAGGGUGGACCGGCCGCUCUUCAAGGACUUCUGGCAACGGUUCCUGGACAGUUUGAGAGCUUUGGCCACAAAGCCCCAGCGCACCGUGUAUCGCCUGACGCUGGUCAAAGCCUGGAACGUGGAUGAGCUCCGAGCCUACGCCGAUCUGGUCUCGCUUGGGGAACCGGACUUCAUCGAGGUCAAGGGUGUGACGUACUGCGGGGAGAGCUCGGCCAGCAGCCUCACCAUGGCCAACGUGCCGUGGCACGACGAGGUGCUCCACUUUGUCCAGGAGCUGGCGUCGCUGCUCCCCAGCUAUGACAUCGCUAGUGAGCACGAGCACUCCAACUGCCUCCUGCUAGCCCACACAAAGUACAAGAUCGAGGGUGAGUGGUGGACAUGGAUCGACUACGACCGUUUCCAGCAGCUGGUUCGGGAGCAUGAGCUCAGCGGGGGCACCAAGACCUUUACGGCAGCCGACUACGUGGCCAAGACCCCGCCCUGGGCAGUGUUCGGAGCCAAGGAGAGAGGCUUUGACCCCAGAGACACGCGCUUCCAGAGGAAGAACAAGGCCAAGGCUGCCUCUGGGUGCUGAGCCGGUGGGCCGGCAGGGGGAUGAGGGGAGCUGUGCCGGGGCCCUGGACAGACUGACCAGGACCAAGGCGGAACAUGAAGCUUCACAGCGAGCUGCCUUGGCAUCCCCUCGGCUGAG